ACCCACCCUCAAACACUGGGAUUCAUGAUCUCAUCAAUAGUCAGAAAAUUAAAGAAAUGAGAAACUGUAAUUGAUGUUUGUCCCAACAGGGAGCCUCCAUACAAACUUAGCAUUAAACCAUCUCACCCGAAUCUCAACGAAUAUUAUACCAUUUUCCAAGAGGCACAAAUGCUGCUCAGUGUGCGUUUCUGGAGACAGAGAUAGAAUGGCCUUAGGCAAGAAAAUCAGGAUAUUUGCUUAAAUUACAUUGACAUGAUAGCAUACUUGUGAAUCUUCUGUUAAGUUUCUUCAUAAGAGGAAAUUGAAGAGAUUAUAGAUUUUUGUUGGUUUUUUGUUUUUUGUUUUGAGACAGGGUUUCUCUGUGUAGUCCUGGAUGUCCUAGAAUUCACUUUAUAGAUGUGGCUGGCCUAGAACACACAGAGAUCUGCCUGCCUCUGCCUUCCAAGUGCUGGGAUCAAAGGUGUGUGGCAGAUAAGAGUGAGCAUUGCUAGACUGGAGAGUUACCCAAGGCAACUCUCAUAAAAGAAAGCAUUUAACUGGGGGCUUGCUUACAGUUUCAGAGGGCUAGUCUACUACCAUCAUGGUGGGAAGCAUGGUGGUGUGCAGUCAGACAUUGUACUAGAGCAGCAGCUGAGAACUGCAGGCAGGAGAGAGAGAGAGAGAGAGAGAGAGAGAGAGAGAGAGAGAGAGAGAGAGAGAGAGAGAGAGAGAGAGAGGCUGUGCCUGGUGUGAGCUUUUCAAACCUCAAAGCCCACCCUCAGCAACACAAAUCCUCCAACAAGGAAACACCUCCUAAUCUUUCCAAACAGUUCAUCAACUAGGGACUAAGCAUGCAAAUAUGUGAGAUAUGGGAGGCCUUCUCAUUCAAAACACCACAACUGAGAACAAAUUCAGUAACAUCAUAGGAUACAAACACACAUACCAAAGUUAGUUUGUUUGCUGAGCAUGGUGAUGCACUCCUGUAUACUACUCAGGGAGCUGAGGCAGGAGAACUACAAAGGCCCCUCAAGUUUGAGACCAAACUGGGAGACAUAAAGACUUAUCCUUUUAAAAUCUGUAUCUUUUCUGUGUCCCCAAAGAAAUUGCUGAGAAAGAAAAAUGUGAAGUCAAUCCCCACCCCACAAUAUCUUUAAAAAGUUAAAAAGCAAGGGGCGGUGGGGGCACCGCUUUAAUCCCAUCACUCAGAGGGCAGAGGCAGGUAGGUUUCUGAGUUUGAGGCCAGCCCUGGUCUACAGAGUGAGUUCCAGUAUAGCCAAGGCUACACAAAGAAACCAUAUCUCAAAAAAAUGAGUUAAAUUGCUCUGAAUAAUCUUUAGUUAUGAAGUAAAAGUCUUCAGGAAUGAAAAAUGGCAAAAUAUAGAUGAAAAAUUAAGAGGACACACAAAAAUGAUCCACAUGUGCUACACUGAAAUUUUACUCCUAUCAACGUGUAGAAAAGUCAACUCAAGCUGGCACAUGCCCUUAAUGCCAGCACGCAGGAGGCAGAGGCAGGUGUAUCUCUGUGAGUUUGAGGCCAGCCUGUUCUAUAGAGUGAGUUCCAGGACAGCCAGGAUCACAUACAGAGAAACCCUGUCUUGAAAAAAAAAAAAAGUCAGCUCAAAAUGCACCAAGUAGUUGAAUGUAAGACUUGAACCUGCUGGACUAAACACAGGGCGGUGAACACUUGGAGAUAUCAGCAAUGAGCAGAGAGUCCAAAGGCAAACACAAGCCAGGUUCAUUAACAGGCUUCUACCAAUCUUGCAAGCUUCUGCAGAGCAAAGGGAACAGCAAAGGUGUGAAGAGACAAUGUACAGAUGGAAGAACAUAUUUCCAAUUAGUCAUGUGACAGAAAGCUAACAUCCAGAAUACAUAAGGAUUUCUAAAAACAAUGAAACUCACAAUUAAUCCAAGUUUGAAAGGAGUUAAUGAUCUGAAGAGCCACUUCUCAAAAAUGAAAUACAAAUGACAAUUAUAUGGAAAAUUCCUCCAUGUCUUUAGCCAUCAGAGAAACAUAAACAGAGAAAAGGCACUGCUGUUUGGGUGGUAAACUAUAUAGUUACUAUGGAGAACAGAAUAGAUUUUUCUAAAACUUAACUCUAAAAAAAUAGCGAUUUUCCCCCAAAUAGUUUACAAAUAGAUCUACCAUAUAAUUUUCUCUCCCACUUCCUGCUAUACUUCCAAAGUGAGUAAAGUCAGCAUACAAAGGAGAAACUUGCCCAGUCACGUGUUGUAACAGUAACAAUAGCUAAGUUAUGGAAUUGACUGAGGUGCCUAUCAAUGAGCAGCAUGGAUAAAGAAAGAGUGGUGUGUAUAUACAAUAAUGUAUUAUUAAGCUAUGAUAAAUAAGAAUGAAGCGGCCUUAGAGAUAUAGCUCAGUCAAUACAGUGCUUGUCCUGUAGGCAUGAUGACCUGAAUUCAGACCCCAGCACCUACAUUAUAGCCAGGCACAGUUGCUCAUGUCAGUCAUCCUGGCACAGGGGUAGCAAGGAAAGAAAGGGGUUUGUUAGAGUGGCUGACAGGCUGUGGUCUGGGUAGUCCAACAAUGGCUGUCUCCUGAUGGAAGGACCAAGGAUCUGGUAGUUAGUUGUUCAGUCCAAGAGACUGGAUGUCUCAGCAGUCAAAGUCUACUGCUGGAGUCCCAGGGAAGUCCUAAAGAGCUGCUGGUCUUCAGUCUACAGUGGAAUCCUGAAGAGGUAGGGUCUAACACCAGCAACAGAAUGCCUCAGGAAUAGGAGAGAUGAACUACCAGGGAGAGUGAGAGCAAGCAGGCAAAAAGCAAAAGCUUUCUUCUGUGUUUUUUUUUUUUUUCUUUUUCAACAUAAUUAUUGAUUCUUUGGGAAAGUCAGUCAUAUCAUGCACAUCAAUCCUGCUCAGCUCUCAGUCCCUCCAUAUCCUCUUCUUACCCUGGUAGCACCCCCCCCCAAAGAAAAUUUAAAAAGUAUUAAUUAAAAACAAAACCAAUCAACCAACCAACCAUACUAACAAAAAAACCCAUUUUUCUCCUCCAUCUUUCCUGCCUCUCCAACCCCUUUUCAUUCAUCUUAGUGGCAUUGUGAGCUGUGGUGUGUCAUGCAGUACACCCUUUUGUCUACUCAGCUUUACUUGCUCACUUGUUCACUGCAAUGAGUCAUUGGUCUGGUUAAGGCUUCUGGAUUCUGGUACACUAUCAAUACCGGACCCUCACCAAAACUCCUCUCAGAUAUCCUGCUGUUGCCCCGAGUCAUGGAGAUCUUGCCACUAUGGCUCUUCAGGACCAGUCCUUUCACACACUCUGGCAGGUCAUAGAUAGGGUAGAUGUUGGGGUGGGCAGACUCAAAGCCCUGGAUGUGGGUCUGGGUGGAAGCUGAUUUGUCAGUCUGGGCCACUGGAGCCCUAUCUUCUAUGUCCAUACCAUUGGGCCCACUCUUCCACACUUGUGGUGAGGAAUUGGGCUAGCUCUCCCAAGAGAAAUAGGGCCAGCUCUUCUGCUGUAAUGGCCAGUGAGGGGCAGGGCCAGCGAAGGGAGGUGCAGGUCUGCACUGCCCUUGGAUUUCAAAACUCAUGGUUCCUAUGGCCCUCUGUGGUAACACGAGCAACAGAGAUCAACACAGAUCCCAGCUGCAGCAGGACCACUGACCCAGACAUGGCCCCUGGCAGCAGCUCAGUCCUGGAUGUCACCAUGGCCCUGGUGACAGCGCAGGCCACACAGAGCAGUAUGGCCCAGGUGGUAGCAUGGCUCUUGGACAGCAGUAUGAUCUCAGGUAGCUGAUCAGAUCCUGGGCAUCCAUGUGGCCACAAACAUCAACCUUCCAGUCCUUUUAUGCGGGCUGCUACUAGAAACUUUGGCCCAGAUUUAGGAUGGAUCUUUCACCUCAGAUAAUUCAACCAACAAAAAUCUAUCGCAAGUAUACCCAGCUGCUUGGAUUUUAGUUAAUUCCAGAGGUAGUCAAGUUGACAAUCAAGAUCAGCAAUUCAGCAAUCACAUACGUGUUUUUUGGAGAAAUACCUAGUCACACAUUUUGCAGGUUUUUUUUUUUUCGAGACAGGGUUUCUCCGUGUAGCUUUGCACCUUUCCUGGAACUCACUUGGUAGCCCAGGCUGGCCUCGAACUCACAGAGAUCCACCUGGCUCUGCCUCCCGAGUCCUGGGAUUAAAGGUGUGUGCCACCACCGCCCGGCUCAUUUUGCAGUUUUAAAAUUGGAUUAUUACUUAUUUGUACAAGCUUUAAAAGUUCCUAUAUAUUCUACAUAAAAUUCUCUUAUCAAAUAGAAUAUUUGCAAAUGUGAUUCCCUUUGUUUUGAAUAGUCUUCACUUUUUCAAUGGCAUCAUUUGCAGAAGAAAACUUUUUUUUGUUUUUUGUUUUCUUUUAUAUUUCUUUCUUUUACAUCCCAACCACAGUUUCCCCUCCAGAAGAAAAGAUUUUAAUGCAGUCGAAUUUCCUCUUUUUCCCCAAUCAAAUACCUUUGAGUAGGAUACAUAAGAAAUCACAGAGGACAUGAACAUUCACGUCAAUAUUUUCCUUUGAGUUUUGUGAUUUUUAUUGUUAGGUCUUUGACAUAAUUUUUGUUAAUAGUUGUACAUGCUUAAUGGAAGGUGUCCACUUCAGUAGUCUACAAGGUGUCCACUUCAUUAGUCUACAAGGUGUCCACUUCAUUAGUCUACAAGGUGUCCUCUUCAGUAGUAUACAAGGUGUCCACUUCACUAGUCUACAAGGUGUCCACUACAUUAGUCUACAAGGUGUCCACUUCAUUAGUCUACAAGGUGUCCUCUUCAGUAGUCUACAAGGUGUCCACUUCAUUGGUCUACAAGGUGUCCACUUCAUUAGUCUACAAGGUGUCCACUUCAUUAUUCUACAAGGUGUCCACUUCAUUAUUCUACAAGGUGUCCUCUUCAGUAGUAUACAAGGUGUCCACUUCAUUGGUCUACAAGGUGUCCACUUCAUUAGUCUACAAGGUGUCCACUUCAUUAGUCUACAAGGUGUCCACUUCAUUAGUCUACAAGGUGUCCACUUCAUUAGUCUACAAGGUGUCCUCUUCAGUAGUCUACAAGGUGUCCACUUCGCUAGUCUACAAGGUGUCCAUUUCAGUAGUCUACAAGGUCUCCACUUCAUUAGUCUACAAGUUGUCCACUUCAUUAGUCUACAAGGUGUCCACUUCAUUAUUCUACAAGGUGUCCUCUUCAGUAGUCUACAAAGUGUUCAUUUCACUAGUCUACAAGGUGUCCACUUCAUUAGUCUACAAGAUGUCCUCUUCAUUAGUCUACAAGGUGUCCACUUCAUUAGUCUACCAGGUGUCCUCUUCAGUAGUCUACAAGGUGUCCUCUUCAGUAGUCUCCAAGGUGUCUACUUCAUUAGUCUAAAGGUGUCCACUUCAUUAGUCUACAAGGUGUCCUCUUCAUUAGUCUACAAGGUGUCCACUUCAUUAGUCUACAAGGUGUCCUCUUCAUUAGUCUACAAGGUGUCCACUUCAUUAGUCUACAAGGUGUCCAUUUCAUUAGUUUAUAAGGUGUCCAUUUCAUUAGUCUAUAAGGUGUCCACUUCACUAGUCUACAAGGUGUCCACUUCCACUAGUCUACAAGGUGUCCAUUUCAGUAGUCUACAAGGUGUCCACUUCAUUAGUCUACAUGUUGAUAACUAGUUGUUCUAUCACCAUUACAUGAAUAUGCUCAUUUUAAAUGCAGGCACCCUUGAGCUACUAUUGUAGUUUGUUAAAUAUUACUAAUUAUUGAAAAUUUAGUACAGAUUGCUUGGGAUGAAUUGUUUGUUCUUGAUACCAUGAAGAAAAGUUUCAUAUUUUAGAACCUUAAAAUAGACCAAUCUUGCCGGGCGGUGGUGGCGCACGCCUUUAAUCCCAGCACUCGGGAGGCAGAGGCAGGCGGAUCUCUGUGAGUUCGAGGCCAGCCUGGUCUACAGCGCGAGAUCCAGGAAAGGCGCAAAGCUACACAGAGA